AUGAAGGCAGUAAAGAACAAGGUUGGCCGGCGAGGUGCGGCCGCCACGGCGCGGAAUGUGCUGUACCCUCUGUACCAACUGGGUAGCCCCCAACUCCGCGUGUUCCGAACCAACUUCUUCAAGUUAGUGCGGCCAGGCAUGGCCCAGCCUGAGGACAUGGUGCAGUUCCGGAUCCCCAUGGAGAUGACCCGGGUGGACCUCGGGAAUUAUCUUGAACACAUUUACAACGUGCCCAUCGCUGCCUUCCGCACACGGGUGCAGCAUGGCUCCAACAGGAAGAGGGACCAUAGGAACGUGAGCAUCAAGAAGCCUGACUACAAAGUGGCCUAUGUGCAGCUGGCCCAUGGGCAGACCUUCACCUUCCCAGACCUGUUUCCAGAAAAAGAACAAAGUUCCUCUGCGGACCCCUAUGGGGAGGAACAGCAGCAGAAGCAGAGCAGCGACCCCCUGCGUGGUGGCGUUCCCUCCUGGUUUGGCCUGUGACCUGUGACAGGCAGGGACAGGGCCACAGACCCAGCAGGCAGAGUUUUGAAAACCCAAAUAAAAGUCCUGUGUGGAGAAAAAAAAA